AUGGCAAAUAGACCGGAUCCAGAUAUUGAUGAUGACUUUCGUGAGCUUUAUAAAGAGUACACUGGCCCCCCGGGGUCCGCUACGACGAACACCCAAGAGAGAACAAAGCCAAAUAAGAGGUCUAAUGCAGGGUCUGAUGAGGACGAUGAAGCUCGGGACCCUAAUGCUGUUCCGACCGAUUUCACCAGCCGAGAAGCUAAGGUUUGGGAGGCUAAGUCAAAGGCUACUGAAAGGAAUUGGAAGAAAAGAAAAGAGGAGGAAAUGAUCUGCAAGCUUUGUGGAGAAUCAGGGCAUUUCACUCAGGGAUGCCCAUCUACCCUUGGAGCAAAUCGCAAGUCUCAGGAUUUCUUUGAAAGGAUACCAGCUAGAGACAAAAAUGUACGGGCACUUUUCCCAGAGAAAGUUUUAAGCCAGAUAGAAAGGGAUAUUGGUUGCAAAAUUAAGAUGGAUGAAAAGUUUAUAAUCGUCAGUGGCAAGGAUAGAUUAAUUUUGGCAAAAGGUGUUGAUGCAGUACACAAGAUUCGAGAGGAGAGUGAUCAAAGGGGAUCAUCUAGUUCUCAAAUGACCCGAUCAAGAUCACCUGAGAGAAGUCCAAUUAAUGCCCGGUUUCAACGGCCGGAGCCCCAAAGGCCUCAUUCUGGACCACGAAAUACAUCUCAGUUUCAACAACAAAGGUUUGGUAGGCAGGAGAGGGCCGUUGAAGACAGAAUCCGGGAAGAUGUUCAAAAGUUUGCUAGAGGUUCUCCACAAGCUUAUGGAAAUAGUGGAGCUAGAGGUCGAUCAAGCCGGUCAAGAUCUCCAAGACAUGCCCCUUAUGCAGGAAACUCAUAUAAUUCGUUUGAUGGUCGUAAUCAAAACAUGGGUGCUUAUAGGAAUGAUGGGUGGGAUUCUCAUAGAAGAGAAUCUGGUAUCCAGCCUGGUCAUCAGCUUGAUUACAAUGCCACCCCACAGACUUUGGAAGAAUUAGAGUUGGAGUAUAAGAAUGAGGCAGCGGAGCUAAUGAAAAUCCGAGACAGAGAAGAAGAUGAAGAAAAUUUCAAGCAUAGGGAGGCUAUUAGAGAUUUGAGGGAGAAGUACAUGAGCAAAGUUGGCCUGGUAAGGGCCACACAUGCAAAACAGUGGGAAAAUUUUCUUCAGCAUGAUGCACAGAGGCGUCAACAGCAGGCAGUUCAACAGAUGUCUUCUGGUUAUCGGGGUUUUAAACAGCAGAGCUUUCCUGAAUAUGAUGGAUCCACUGUCAAUCCUCCUCCCUAUGCUGGGACGAAUUUACCGUUGGAUUCAAGGAACAGGUUCUCAGACAACAUGGAAACAUAUCCUACUAGGCCUCAUGAUAAUUUUGGUGAAUUUCAUAGGCGUGGAGAUUUUGCAAAAGCUUACAACAGAUAUUAA